CUAAGUAGCGUAGUAGCUCGUUGCGUCUGGACAUUGGUCGGCACCAACUAAUUAGCUUCCGUCGGGCGUGGCAUAGCAAAUGCUAUGCAGACAUGGAUACAUCAUCAAGUUUCAUUGUAGAGGGGUGACAGAUCGACCAUAAAGGUCUAGGAACGUUCACGGAGUUCUACGAUCCACGACUCAAUCCACGCGCGGGCAGACAAGAUUAGCAACAAGAAAUCUUGACUUCUACAAGCCAUGCAGCAACCCCCGCCCGGCGGGGGCCUGGAUCGAGCGGGUCAGGUCUAUCCUGGGUACACACCUCAACCGGGACAACACUCGGGCGCCGCAGCACCUGGCGUUCAGCGGGCGUACGCCCCACCACCAGUUGGUGGAUAUGUUGAUCAACACAGCCUGCCUCCACACCUUGCUUAUUCCGCGCCGCUACAAACGCGGGUCAGCGGCGGGGCAGGUCGGCCAGCGGCGUCAGUGCCCUCGCACCUGCAGCCUCGCCAGCCUUCCCACCAACACCAACCACAGCAGCAGCUGCAGAUGCAGCAACCACAGCAAGUGCGUCCAGCCUCCAAGGACCAGAACCACACUGCUGCGGGAGUGUCGGGCGGCAUGGCGAACACCGGUGCCGCGGCUGGCCCGGCAGGGGCGUCAGCGGCUGCGGCGGCGCCGGGCCCCCACGCGGACUGGUAUCGGCCUGCUGCCACCGCUACCGCUACUGCCCCGGACCUAGCCGCUCAGCACCAGCAAGCACAGCCGCAGCAGACGCAACAGCUACAGGCACAGCAGGCGCACCUCGCUGCGGCUAUGCCGGGGCAGGGCUACAUGAUGCCACCGCAGAUGGCGGCGGAGCUGCUGCAGGCGGCCGCGGCCAUGCAGGCGGGGCCGCAGCACCCGCACCAACAGCUACAGCCAGGCCAGCAUCCCCAGCAUUACAUGCCUAGCGCGACCUCCGCCGCACACCAGUUCAUGGCGGCGGCGGCGGCGGCGGCGCCGGGCCCGGUGCUGCUGAUGCCGCAGCCCACAGGCAUCCAGGUCGACCCACACGGCGCCCUGAGGCUGGUGAUGAUGGCGGGAGGCGCGGCGCCCGCGUCCGGGCCCGGGCCCUCACCCGCUGGCGGCAGCGCAGCCGCCGGUGGAGCCCCAGUAGGUGACCAGGGACAUUCGCAGGCGGCGGCGCAGCAGCAGGGCUCCGGCCCCAGUUCCAUCCCCCCGCCCAACGGUGCGGCUGCGGCUGCCGGAGGAGCCAGCGGCGGCGGUCAGCGGCAGGUGCAAGGGCACGGUGGGGCAGGGACGGGUGGUAUGGGACAUCGCAUGGACGGUGGCGGCGCCGGUGCCGGCGGAAUGGGGUCGUCUCAGCAAGGCCAGCAGCAGCAGCAGCAGCGGCCGCCACAGCAGCAACAAGGCUACUCGCAGCAGGAGCACUGGCAGCCUCAACAACACCAGCAGCUCCAGCAGCAGCGCGAUCAGCAUGAUCAGCCGCAGCAGCAGGGGCACGGGCAACAGCAACAGCAACAGCAGCAACAGGGACAGGGUCAAGGCGUGUCUGUUAUGCCAGUAGUAGACGCGCUGGCGUUGAUGCAGGGCGCCUCGCAGUUUGGCGCGGGACCGGCAGCGCUGCAGCUGCAGGUGGAGGCCCAGGCGUCAGGGCAGCUGCAGCAGCGCCCGGACGGCCGCUGGAGGCCGCCGCAGGACAACCCGGAACGCGACGGCCGGGACCGGCCGCGCGACUACCGGGCCCGCUCUCGCUCUCGCUCUCGUGAUCGGGACCGUGACCGGGACAGAGAGCGGGAACGGGAGCGGGAACGAGAGCGGGAGAGGGCCCGUGGUGGUAGCGUCAGGGACAGGGACAGGGAGCGACCGCGCUCGCGCUCCCGGGCACGCUCUCGGUCUCGUGACCGGCCGCGUGAUCGGGACAGAGACCGCUCAAGGGACCGCACACGCGAGCGCUCCCGUGGCAAGUCGCGGUCGAGGUCACGGUCUCGCGGCCGCCCUGACCGCCCACGCGAGCGCAGCCGCGACCGGAGUCGUGAUCGGGACAGGGAGCGCGAUGACGGGCGCGGGCGCGAGCGCGGCAGUAGCCGCGACCGCAGGCGUGAAGAUUUGUCCGACCGCCGUCGCGGCGCCAGCGCCAGCGCCGGCGGCGCGGCGACGGAGCCUGCUCGCGCCCCCAGCAAGUCCGCCGGCGCUGGCACAGCCGGCGCGGCAGGCACCUCCAAGCCCGCUGGCGCCGGCGGCUCCACCGCCGCCGCCACCACCACCGCCGCCACCACCACCGCCGCCGCCGCCGCCGCUGCAGCGUCGCCCGCCUCCGGCGCCGCCGCGGAGGCGCUGCAGCAGCAGCUGCAGCGGGCAGUGGACAGCUGCGUCAAGCUGGAGAAGACGGUGGCCACCAGCCGCGACGACCACGACCUCUUCGCCGACAUGCGGCCGCGCUUCGCAGCCACCGCCACGGAGCGCCUGGCGGAGCUGCGCCGCGCGCUGGAGGCGUGGCGGCCGCACGCCGCCGCGCUGGCCAGCGCCGCCGCCCAGGCCGAGGCCGCCGCCGUCAAGGCCGAGGAGGCGGCCCGGGCGGAGGUGGCCAAGGCCGCCGGGGCCGCGGCGGGCGACGAGCUGGGUGAGGAGGCGCGGCAGCCCGGCAACCUGGCGUUCCUUCUGGAGCGCGGCGUGCGCAUGCUGUUCCCGCUGCGGCGCGACCCGGAGCAGGCGCUGCUGCGCACCGCGGCGGAGGUGCUGCUGGUGGAUGCGGCCGCCGACGACCGCGUGGCGAGCAUCUUCCGCGGCGAGGUGCGGCUAGUGCGGCACCAGAUGCACUCGGCGGCGCUGUUGAACCACGGCCGCAUGCGCGCCGCCGUGGCGGCACUGGGCGGGGGGCCCGGCGGCUCCGGCUCCGCCGUGCUGCGCAAGUACGGCGAGUGCUUUGAGUUCCUGGAGAUCGUGCAGGACACCAACCCCAGCAACAAGCAGACGCUGGUGCGCUUCAAGGCCGAGAAGCUGCCCAACUACGGCAAGAUUGUGGCGGGGCUGCGGUGGGUCAUCGACAGCAUGCUGCCGCCGUCAGGCGGAGGUGGCGGCGGCGGCGGCGGCGACAAGGAGAAGGGCAGCGAGAGCAGCCGCGGCGGCGGCGGCAGCAGCGGCAGGGGCGAGCGUGGCGGCGGCAGCGGCAAGGGUGCACGGGAGCCGUCGCCAGCAGUGAACACGUCCGUGAACGCCACCGGCGGCACGGCGGCGGCGGUGCCUGGCCUGUCGCGCCUACUGAAGGCCGACCCGGAGUCGCCGCAGGAGCGAGAGGCGCUGCGCAGCGCGGCGCUGACGUGCCUGACCGCCAAGGACCCGCGCUCGCUCAUGACUGCAUCUGUGGACACAGUGCUGAAGUCCCUGCCGGCGCACCUGCAGCGCAACUACGGCACCGCCUCAAAGCUGUUGGAGCUGGUUCAGGGCCACCCCUUCUUCUACAUCCCGAAGCGGCCGGGCAGCGGAGCCCCGGCCGUCGACGGCUACUACACGCUCGUGCGGCUCAACACCAACCUGCUGUUCGAGCUGCGGCACCUAUUGAAGCGGCUGGAGCUGGAUGCCAAGCUGAGGGCGCGCGAGGCGGCGGCCGGUGGGGGCGGAGGAGGAGGAGGCGGAGGAAGGGGCAAGGCGGGAGGGCGGGAGGCGGAGGAGGCGCCGCCGCCGGAGCUUGAGGACUAUUGGCUGGUGGCGCGGUGGAUCAAGCCACAUGACCGGCCGCCCAGCAAGUGAGGGGCCGGCGUUCAGGCGUGGAGGGAACGUUGGAGGGGUGGAGGCAGCGCAGCGCUGAAAGCUGUGCGGGCUGCUCGUGGUACGGUAGGACUACGGCUGGGCAGCGCUGUGCGACGCAAGGCUCGAGCUAGGUCUUGGAGUUUUCACCCGGGUGGUCUUGCGCCCUUGCGUAUAGUGGUCCCGGAUUGGGCAAGGUGUGGUAAGGGUGUAGUGUUGAAAGGCACCGGUGUGAUGGUACCGGCAGGCGCAGAAGAUGCGGCAGGACGAUGUCCGCAGGCUGUAUAGCAACCUGUUGCAGCCGAGUGCUGUCUUCCCGCCUUUGCGUGGUGCCAUGUGCUGUCGUUCACGCUGUCACCCACAGGCGCUCAAGAUGCACGUGUGCGUCAGCGUGGGAGUGCGGGGGCGAGCGGGGGAAUGACGGGGACUCAGGUCGAAGGGGAGUUAGGGGACACGACCUGAGGAGGGCGUGGUAUGUUCAGGCUCGGAGCAACACACUCGGCAGGCUCCAUCUAGUCAUCAGGUUGGCGUGCCCCGUAGCGCAUCAUCUGCUGUAACAUUGCCUGGAA